AAAGGAAAUCGCUUCAUUUUCCGGGAGAGAGAAUAGUGCGAAGGGCAACGUCUGAGAUUUAAGGGAAUUUUCCUUGAGUUUAUCGCCGAUAUUUUGUGUAAUGGAAAGAGGUUCAGAUGACACUCAGCAACCCUCUUUGUGUCGCAUGGGCUGCGGAUUCUAUGGCAGCUCUUCAAGUGAUGGUAUGUGUUCCAAGUGCUUCAAAGAUGCUUUACGGCGGAAGCAAUCUUCACCAACAACCAGUGCAACGGCAACAGUAAUGUCGAGUUCCUCCACAGGGCUGACUGAGGAACCAUGCACUUCUCAUUUGCCCCCAAGUGAGGAUAUCGCAGGAGCAGAAGUGAGUCCAUCAUCUUCAGCCAGCAGUGUCUCAGACGAAAAUGAUAGUUCAAGACAACCAGAGGCCCAAGCUGAAGCAAGCACAUCUGAAACCAAGGACAAAGCUAAAACUAAAAGAAAUAGAUGUUUUAUGUGCCGUAAAAAAGUAGGAUUAACUGGGUUUGAAUGCAGAUGUGGAAAUGUCUACUGUGGCCUCCACAGAUAUUCUGAUAAACACAACUGCAGCUUUGACUACAAGGCUGAUGGCAGGGCCAAGAUAUCAAAGGACAAUCCUGUAGUUGUUGGUUCAAAGAUUCAGAAAAUUUAAGACUCUAAGAACUUAGUCAGGAAUGCUUGGGUAAAACAGUGGAUGUCAAGUGAAAGUACAUGUUAUUAUCUUUGAAAAUAAUUAUCAUUGUUGUUCAAAAGACAGUCUGUAGAUGUACUGGUACUCUAAGUGCAAAAGUCUUGUCUUGUGUUCUGUUUUUCAGUUCUUGUGUGUUAAUGAUAAUCUGGAGUCAUCAGCACAAACUUUAUGUUGUAUAUAACAACAUGUUAGAUGUAAAUGUAAUGCACUGCCACUUUGCUCAAGCAUUCCCUUUUGAAUUCCUUGCCUCUGGAUAAAGUUUUUUGUGAAUCACCCAUAUUACAGGCUUAAUUCAGUACAGGUAAUAAAUUAUGCUCAAGUUAAAAUUUUAUGUAGGACACAAUGUGAAGGUGAUGAUAAUUAUUUACAAGUGAUUGCUAGCUAUUAAGCCCACAGCCCAAGUGUCAUAAAGCCUUCUUUGUCUUGCUUGGGUUGGCAAUAUUACCAACAAGCAGCUAAGAAGAAUAAGUAACAGAAGCCUUAUAUUUCGCUUUGAAUUUCUCUGAUACUCUAACUGAUGUUUCCCACAUAUGUUCUGUGAUACCCCUGCAGCUGCUACACAGUUAAUCACAUACUUGUCACUAACCAGUCUUCCUGCAAAACUUCUUGCAAUUCCACCAUGCAAGUUAACAUUUUCGGGAGACAGAUGCUUUUCCAUGCUAAUUGGAAGGUGGGAAAGGGAAAACAUAUGGAUUCCACAUUCUUAUAUUUCUGCAGAUGCAAUUCAUGCUUUAUUUCCUAUACUUUUUGGUGCGUGUCUUUUUCAUGCAUGUAUGGCCUGGGAAGGUUCUUUUUUUUUUGUUCUGUGGAAGAACCUGAAGGGUAAAUCAUUAGGUGCUUACAGGAUUUUUAUAUGCAUGUAGCUGAAUAUUCCCAUGGAAUUUUACUGUCUAGGUCAAUAUGCUGGUGAAACUUGGAAUAGCUGGCAAUAAAGCUUGUCAUAAGUGAUUUUUAGGUUAGAAUCCAGAAAUGCUGAAAUUUGUAGGGACAAUGAAACCUGCCUAAGAAUCACUUUGGGCAGUCUUAAUUCUACAUAGACAUGUAUCUCUUCUUUUGUAAUUGAUAAUUGGAUAGAUAAAUGUAGACCUUUUUUCUCUUUGAAGUUACAUUAUGUAUCUUGAGUAUUACAUAUUCCCCAUCACAUCUCAACUUACACUUUACUGCUUGUAUUUAGGAUUAGGCUUAAUGGUGCAUUCUCAUGUAUGAACCAGUAUAAGUUGUACUGAUUUUGAAACAAUGUCAACCAGAGGACUUUUUCAGACUCUGGGAAGAGCUGAAAGUGGUUUUGAAUUGGCAGCUUGAUGAGAUACUGUACUCUGAUAGGAGCCAUCAAUUCCAAUCAGAACUUUCAAUCUUACUAGACUCUACUUGAAAUAAUUCAUGGUUACAUUUCUAGACUCUAAAUAGCAAGUGACCAUAAGCCAUUCUUAAAUAUUUCAACAAGUUUGUUGUUUGUAUAAUUUUAAUUUCUUUCAGUUUUUACAACCUUAAAAUAGCUUUUUGGGUCACAUGAAGCAUACACUUUAGUGCCAAUAAUUUUCUAAAAAAAAUUAAUAAUGAGCUGCAAAGUUUGGAAGGUUUGGGUUUAAUUUUUUUUUCUCAAUUAUCAUGUGUUUUUCACUGUAUUAUAUUAUGAGAAGUAGGAGAAGUCAAACUUUAGCCAAGUUCAUACACGAGAAUGCCUUGAAAUUGGGUGGGGUUGGGUAAAGAAAGCUAUUAACACAGAUAUUAAUAUUUUGUACAGUACUUAGUAUAAAGAUAAUAAACGCUAACAUAACAAUGAGAGACCAAUUGUAUGUACUUUAUGUAUUACAACGUGAUAACAAGGAAAAGUUCCACGGAUAAUUUACUUCAUUUUGCAAUGUAUAAAUUAAGGCAACUAAGUGUAUGUUCGAUUGUUUUCAGGAAAAUUGCUGUUACGUUUUGGCGUUAGAAAACAGCUAUCAGUGUCAAGUGUGUUUUCUUAUAGGGUUAUGUAAUGCAAGUUUUUCCCUGUUGUCAAGGGAUUCCAUUAAUAAAUUUCUCAUUGCUAUAUCAGUA